AUGCAUGUGAUUCUUGACAAAUUUGUGAGCUCGUAUGGUGAACUUGGGCAAUGUAGUGAAUGUGAAAGCGCAUGCGAGUCAACAUGUUUAAUCAGAGGAAAGAGAUUCUGCAAGGAGUGCAAGGAUGAAAAGUAUCCGAAAAAGGUGGUGGAAUUUCAAGACUCGGACGCAACUUUCAAGUGCCGUGCCGAAAGCUGCGGAGCGGAUAAACUCUCUUACCGUGAAGUCCUUGUUGGGUCUUGCUGCGAGGCUGCUAUAAGAAAAACCCCUUCUAGUCUUUGGGAAGCAAGAAAUGAGCGCAAUUUGAUGAGCAAUAUGUACAUGAAAAUUAAAAAAGAGCGUUAUUCUUCCAAUUCGAAAUUUUACGAAGCUCAAGAUGCAUUUUACUCUGCAGUUGGAAAGGUGCGCGCAGCGGAAGAAGCAUUGAAAAAGGCAAAAGAGAACGUAAAAACCGCUGAAAAGAAGGUUCAAUUGGCGAGGAACAAUCAAAAGUUUUUGCGACAAUUGGAGGAUAAAAGCGAAAAGCGAGUGCUCAUUAUUACAAAAGCUGCUUUUAGAGAUCAUGAUGAGCCCCUAGCUAAGAAGGUGAAGCUAAAUGAAAGCGGUAAUGAAAAUAAUGAGUGCAGGGUCUGCCUCCGUCCCUACAACGACGACCGUCCAGAAGCGAUCAUCAUCCCUUGCGCGCACAAAUUCUGCUUCUACUGCAUCUCGUCUCUUUUACAGAAAAAAUGCCCAAACUGCCGCGCCGAAUUCACUGAUAACAAUGUCUACAAGACUCACUAA